AUGGCGCGAGUCUAUGCCGAUGUCAAUGCAAAUAUGCCCCGGUCAUAUUGGGAUUAUGACUCGGUGGCCAUAUCGUGGGGCGUACUUGAGAAUUAUGAGAUUGUGAGAAAGAUCGGACGAGGCAAAUAUUCGGAAGUUUUCGAAGGCAUCAACGUCGCCAACUACCAGAAAUGCGUCAUCAAAGUUCUCAAACCCGUCAAGAAGAAGAAGAUCAAGCGUGAAAUCAAGAUCCUACAGAAUCUGUCAGGUGGUCCCAACAUUGUCGCCUUGCUCGAUGUGGUGCGCGACAGUCAGAGCAAGACUCCGAGCUUGAUCUUUGAGAACGUCGAUAACACAGACUUCCGCGUUCUCUAUCCCCGCUUUGUCGACUAUGACGUGAGGUUCUACAUCAACGAGCUACUCAAAGCUCUAGAUUUCUGUCACAGUAAAGGUAUCAUGCAUCGUGAUGUCAAGCCCCACAAUGUCAUGAUCGAUCAUGCGAAACGGAAGCUGCGACUCAUUGAUUGGGGUCUGGCCGAAUUUUACCAUCAAGGCACCGAAUACAACGUACGUGUGGCCUCACGUUAUUUCAAGGGCCCAGAGCUGCUAGUUGAUUAUCAAGAGUACGACUAUUCUCUGGACAUGUGGUCCCUAGGCGCCAUGUUUGCAUCUAUGAUCUUUAGAAAGGAACCAUUCUUCCACGGACAAAGCAAUUCAGACCAACUGGUCAAAAUCGCAAAGGUCCUCGGUACCGACGAGCUCUUCGAGUACCUCGAUCGAUACGAUAUCGAACUCGACGCGCAAUAUGACGAUAUACUCAGCAGAUUUCCCAAGAAGCCUUGGCAAAGCUUUGUCAAUACCGACAAUCAACGCUUUGUCACUCCUGAAGCUAUUGAUUUUCUUGACAAGCUCCUCAGAUAUGACCAUCAGGAACGUCUCACAGCACAGGAAGCAAUGGCACAUGCAUACUUCGCACCAGUGAGAACAGCCGCACAACAGCAAAACUCGCAAAACCAUGUGUCAUGA